AAGGGUCCUAAAAAAAAAAUUGACAUUAAUGACAUUUGAAUGAAUCUGGGGAGAAUGAGAGAAUCGGUUUAUUUUGUUGUGUAGUGUUGUGGUAGUGUUAUUUCGAAAUUAAAAUGCGAAGAUUAACUUGUUCCAAAUGUUUAUUUAUUUUAUUUAUUACAUGUUUCGUUUUGAUCUUUGUUUAUUAUUCAAAUAAUAGUAGUUCAAGUAGGAAAAGUGUUAUUUUGAAGUCACAAGUAAAGGAGGUCCAAAGUAAUAAAUUUGAUAAAAUUGUGAUAUCUAUUGUUGUGUGUGACAGUAGAUUUAAUGAGUCAUUAAAUGUUAUUAAAUCUGCUCUGCUCUUUACAAAGACUCCACUGUACUUCGUUAUAUUUACUGAUGAUAAUUUAAGACCAAAGUUUGAUGAAAUAUUACACAAAUGGAAAACACACACAAGAAACCAAUUGGAUUUUGAAUUACAAAGAAUAUAUUUCCCUGAAGCUCACAAAGAAGAUUGGUUAAACUUGUUCAGUAAAUGCGCAGCUCAACGCCUCUUUAUUCCAAAAUUGCUUACUCACAUAGAUGCGAUGAUCUAUGUAGACACAGAUACACUUUUUUUGGGGCCUGCUGAUGAGAUCUGGCAUUUCUUCUCUCAGUUCAAUAGUUCACAGAUAUCUGCAAUGACACUUGAAGAUGAUAAUCCCAAUAUAUCUUGGUAUCCUCGUUUCGCAAAACAUCCUUUUUAUGGGAAAUAUGGUCUAAAUUCAGGAUUAAUGCUGAUGAAUUUGACCAGAAUGAGAACUUUUGGUUGGGUGGAUUAUGUGACUCCAAUUAUGCUUAAAUGGAAACUGUACAUACCAUGGGGAGAUCAGGAUAUAAUAAAUAUCAUAUUCCACUACCACGAGAGCGCGGUGCUGGUGCUGCCGUGCCGCUUCAACUACCGCGCCGACCAGUGCAUGUACGGCGACGCGUGCGCCGGCGCGGCGGCGCGCGGCGUGCUGCUACUGCACGGCAGCCGCGGCGUCUUCCACAACCAGAAACAGCCCGCGUUUCAAGCGAUAUACAAAGCGAUAGACGAACAUGAAGUUGGAACAGAUCCAUCGAAUAGUUUGCUGAAUAACAUGGAAAAAUACUUAUCAGAAGCUUCACCUUCCAACUGUGGAAACUUGAAGGAUGCUUUUCUAAGAAUACCUAUAAAGACAAUAAGUGAUUUAUAUGACGCCCCCGAAAGGUAGCCCCAUGGGUGAAGUAGGAAUUAUUGAAGUUUACUUGAAAAUAUAAUAAUGUAAGUAUUUUAAUGUUACCAGUAUACAAAACUUGAAAAUAUGGUGCUUCUAAGAAUCUCCUUAAAUAAUUUUAAGCAUAAGGAUAUUAUUACUAUUUACUAUAAUGUACAUUUAUAUUUAUAAGAUUGUAGUUGCAAAAGAAGCAAAUGAAUGUGUGAUGUGAAUGCAUGAGCGAAUUCUUUGCUACUACGACAACUCAUAUUUCAGCAUGAUUAUAGACAUGACACCGUAAUAGAAAUAUAUUUAAAUUCCUCUAUAAUGAACACAGGUAUAAAGGAAGAAAGCUACUUGUGGAUUAACGGUUUUUUUGAUUGUCAGGGCUAAUCUCCAUCCGAUAAGGGAGUCCCACAACCCGCCUCCUCACCUAGGGCGCAAAGUAUUUUUCAUAGGCAAAAAAAACUGUAUUGAUGUGGAUAUCGCCGCUGUUAAGUUUUUCGAGAAGUUAACAAGGGUUUUCUGUCAAUGGUUUUUCUAUUUCUUUUUAUCUGUUGAUUCGCUCUAAUCUCUGCUUCUGCGUCGAUGGUAGAGGCGGACACAGUCAGCUCACCGCAAGCGGAGUGCGGAUCUCAUUAGUGCGGAUUUCACUCCGGUCAGUCCAGCGCUUAGGUGACCUGUAGGCCUAGUAUGGGCGCCGCGAAAAGCGGUUAUUACGCCAUUUUAUCGAUUUUGCCUAUACAUGAUGUCGAUAAGUCUAUAUCACGGCGCGCAUCCCAGCCCGACUGGUUCCUUCAACUUUUCCCUACGCAGCUGCUAUAAUUUGGGAUCUAACUAAUCAAAUCUUUAGGAGAGAUUUAGAAAAUGAAAUUGAACAUAGGCGUAAAUCCACAGGCUUUCUUCCCUUAGUAAACAACAGCUAUGUGAUUUUUGA